AUGGAGAGUGGAGGUUUUCAUGGCUACCGCAAGCUACCCAACACUAGCUCUGCAGGGUUGAACGUGAGGCAGGUAGCAGGAGAGAACAACCAGUCAGGAACAGGAACAGGAACAGAGGAGAAUGAAUGCAUGGUGAGGGAACAAGACCGUUUCAUGCCAAUUGCAAAUGUGAUUAGGAUAAUGCGGAAGAUCCUACCGCCACAUGCAAAAAUAUCUGAUGAUGCAAAAGAAACAAUCCAAGAGUGUGUGUCUGAAUAUAUAAGCUUCAUAACUGGGGAGGCAAAUGAGCGUUGCCAGAGGGAGCAACGCAAGACAAUCACUGCGGAGGAUGUGCUUUGGGCUAUGAGCAAGCUAGGAUUUGAUGAUUAUAUUGAACCACUCACAAUGUACCUUCACCGAUACCGUGAGAUGGAGGGUGACCGCACCUCUAUGAGAGGUGAACCACUUGGGAAGAGGACUAGUGUGGAAUAUGGGACUACUCUUGUUGCUUCUGCUGCUUUCGUUCCACCGUUUCACAUUGCUCAUCAUCAUCAUCAUCAUCCAAAUGGAUCGUAUUUUGGUGCACCCAUAGGGGGGACUUACAUGAGGGAUGCUGCACCAAAUCCAAAUGCAAAUGCAGGUGGCUCAUCUCAGGCUCCACUCACAAAUGCUGAACCAAAUGGUCAAUAUAAAUGA